AUGAAAGAAUAUGAAGUGACAACUGAAGAAACUCAACUCUGGCCAAAGAGAAGUCUCUGGUCCCUGCCCCUCCUGGAUGACUCAUCUGAGGUGCUUACGGAGCCACCUGCUUCCCAGCCUUUCUCCCUGCUGGGGUCCCUUCUCUUCUUCCACCUCCUCAGCUUGUUUGCACUGGUUUCAGACAUCAUUGCAUUGUUAUCUGAGCCCUGUUCUCUUUCCUCAGGCCAGAGCUCUAAGCUCCUCAUUGAAAUGAAGGGCCAUGAGAAUGGGGGCAUCCAGCUGGAGUGCACAUCUGUAGGGUGGUACCCAGAGCCCCAAGUGGUUUGGAGGGACACUUAUGGUGAGAUCGUGCCCGCCUUGGAGGAAGUUUACACUGUGGAUGCAGACAGCCUCUUCAUGGUCACCACAGCUGUGAUCAUCAGGGACCCCUCUGUGAGGAAUGUGUCCUGCUCCAUCAACAGCACCCUGCUUGGCCAGGAGAAAGAAACUGUGAUUGUCAUUCCAGAAUACUUUAUUCCCAGCACAUCAUCUCCCUGGAUGGUGGCCCUGGCUGUCAUUGUGCCUACUCUGCUCCUCCUCAUCACUGGAAGCAUCUGUCUUAUCAAGAAACUCCACAGGGAAAAAAGAAUUCUGUCAAGAGAAAAAGAGGUUGAAAAUGAAGAGAAAGAAACAAGAAACCUCAAACCUAAACCUGAGACUUCCUCUGCAACUGAUGUGGUCCUGGACCCGGACACUGCUCAUCCUGAGCUAUUCCUAUCAGAGGACCAGAGAUGUAUGAGAUGGAUCCCGUCCAGGCAGAGCAUGCCUGACAACACAGAGAGAUUCAACUGUCAGCCUUAUGUCCUGGGCCUGGAUAGCUUCUUCUCAGGGAGAUGUUACUGGGAGGUGGGGGUCAAAAACGUGAGUUGGGCUGUAGGGGUUUGUAGAGAUGAUGUUGAGAGGAAAGGAGAGGCCCUACUGGUUCCUCAGAAUGGCUUCUGGGCAUUGGAGAUGUUUGGAAUCCAAUACAGAGCCCUGUCCUCUCCUGAGAAGAUUUUCUCCUUGACAGAGCACCUUCGCCAUGUGGGCACCUUCCUGGACUAUGAAAUUGGACAUGUCUCCUUCUAUGACAUGAGGGACAGAUCGCACAUCUGCACAUGUCCCCGUUUACACUUCUCUGGGCCCCUGAGACCCUUCUUCAGGCUGGGGUCUGAUGACAGCCUCCUUUUCAUCUACCCAGCAUUCACAGGGGCCCAGGAGAUCAUGGUGCCUGAGAGUGGCCUGACCCUUCACAGGGCGGGGACCCACCACAGCCACCAGAACCAAUUCCCUUGUCACAGAGCCAAGUAG